AAACAACAUUACCACGUAUGCAAAAGGGUCGUUCCAGGUAGGCAGGAAACCGGUUCCGCGCUAAACCGUUGCAAGUUGUUUACACCAACUACCCUUUAUCCCCACCACUUACGCGCGUUAGCAAGGGCUACGUGAUGUUUGGCAACUCGUUUCUCGUCCCAGUUUCUUUUUAGUCGCUCUCUCGAGUACACGUUGCUUAUUGCACUCUCUAAGUUCUUGUACUUUAUGCAAAUUUUUAUGUUGUGCUAUUUUUAAUCUGUAUUUUUACGCAUUUAUUUUUACUUCGAUUAUUAAUUAUUCGUGAUUUAUAAGUUUAUUAGUAGUCUUUUUACGUAUUUAUAUUUUUAUUUUCGUAAUUUAUUUUAUUAUUCGUGUUUUUAUUCGUAAUACGCGAAUUUUACAAAAUGGAGAAUACUACUUUUUCCAGUGAUUCGAUUCCACGUGGUCAAAAUUUCGGAUCGCGUAAUUCCACGCAGAAUGGUUCUGAUAGACGGAAUUUUACCAACGAUCGUUAUAAUAAAAACGGUGACAGGCGAUCGCCUAGAUUAUUGUAUUCCGAAGAUGAAGAAGAAGAGUUGAGUUUAUCUUUGGAAGAUUAUUACGGAAAAGACUUGGCAGCUUUACUCAAGAAUAGUUUCGAGAGUAAAACUUACCAUUUCGAUACACGUGGCGCCAGAUUACCAUCCGCUGAUCGAUUAUUUACCGAAGAAAAGUGGAAUAAUUACCAAUUAUCCGAAUUGCAAGACAUCAAACGUGAUCUCAACAUUGUCAAGUCCAAGUUGGACCGAUACGAAUUAUCCCAGUGGCAUAAGCAUACCAAAGCCAUGAAUCCAUCCGAUAAAAUCAUGAGGCAUUUACGACGAGACGUUAAAGUCGAAUUUUUAACUCAGGCUUGGUGCAAAUUUUACGAAUUGGUCAAUAAGUAUCAACUGAUACCAUCCGAAGCUCGUUCUGCAAACACGUUGUACUCGUUCCAUCUAUGCGAGGCUCCAGGUGCUUUCGUAGCCUCCUUGAAUCAUUAUUUGAAACUCAAUCAUCCCGAUUUGAAGUGGUACUGGUUGGCCAACUCCUUGAAUCCGUUUUACGAAGGAAACACCUUAUCUGAAAUGAUCAACGAUGACCGAUUUAUGCUGCAAACCAUCGAUCGUUGGGAUUUUGGUCCUGAUCAGACUGGCGACAUCACUCAUCCGGACUAUCCUUCGUAUCUGCGCCGAAAUUUCGACGAUGCUCUUCCCCAUCUGGUCACCGCUGAUGGUAGCUUCGAUUGUCAGGAUAACCCCAACGAACAGGAAAGCACUGUAUCCUGGCUCCAUCUCAAAGAAACUCUGAUCGCUUUGAAUAUUUUGCGAAAAAAUGGUAAUUUCGUCAUCAAGAUGUUCACGUUUUUCGAAUGCGAAAGCGUUUGCCUGCUUACACUGUUGGCUGCAGCCUUCCAAGAAAUCACCGUCGAAAAACCAGCUACGAGCAAAGAGGGCAAUUCCGAAUGCUACAUCGUUUGCCAAAAAUACCGAGGCCGAGAUGCCAUCGCACCGUGUCUCGACCAAUUACUCAAAAUUGAUUUGCAAACGUACCAGAAGUACUCCAUGUUCCCACUGGUGACAUGCAACCUGAUGUUUUAUCGUCAGAUUACCAGAUGCGCUUCUCUAUUCGCCUCCAAGCAGAUGAAUGCCAUCGAACGUUACAUUCGGAUUUAUGAAAACGAUCCGGAAGAUCCGAAACUUCGAAAACAUUGCGAUUUCCUGCAGGAGAAGUUCGUUCAGCAUUAUAUCAAGAAGAAUAAACUUCGUCCGAUUAAGUUGGAAGAUAAUAUUGUGAAUCUGCCGAAGCUUAAAUAUCAGGUGGAAAGAAAACCACCUCAAGUGAUCGAAAGCAAGUACCGUAAACAAGGCUCGCACGCUGACCGUAUCCAAAGAUCUACUCUCGUAGCCAGCGAUUUACUCAAGAAAAUCAACGAAGAACUGAACGACGACCUUUGCAAUAAUCUACAAGACCAACUCCGUUUACCAAGAGGAUGCGAAAUACCCGUCGACGAAUUCGACAUAACUUUUGGCAAACCCAUCGAAGUCGUUCUCAGCUCUCAAUUUUGCCACGGCCGAUUUAUGCGCAUACGAAACGAAAUGAUCAAAGUCUACGGAUAUCGUAAAUUCAUGAUCGCUGCAACCCAACUUCCGAAUACCCAUCGAGAUAAUUAUCGUAAUUACUGCGAUUUCUCAAUCCUCUAUAUGCAGAAAGAUUACAACACCGCGCAAAGAGAAAGCUUGUGCACGAUUUACGAUAAACUGUUCGACCUUCGGCAAGGAGAUGACUUCAAAUUGAUCGGAUAUCCGUUAUUAACCCAGUUCAAUAUCGAUGUUUUGUGCGUCCUGCGACAAAUGUUCAAACAGGUCAUCUUCAACGCUCCCGAUGAAUUGUUAUUAGUCGACAUGGAACUCGAUAUGCUGGAUUUAUGGAGGGACAAGUUGGCUGAUUUAUGCGACGUUUAUACGCCGAGACGUGCUGUGAUAUCGUUCCUGCCGAUUAGCUUUAUAACUGGUUCCAAUAACAGUUUCUACACAUGGUUGGUCGAAGCAAAUAACUCUCGUUUGUACCGUGAAAUUAACCAUGUGAUUGAGUUAAAUCCCAGAGUGUAAGUAAUUAUUCGACGAAGACUGGUUCUUCCUUAGUCUUAUUUUUUAAUUUGUUUUUUAUGUCAAUACCAUGUAUUAGUUUUUUAAAUUUGUUUUAAAUUAUUUUAACUUUCAAUUUUAAACCUAUAACGAACUAUAACCAAGUACCUACCUACAUAUUGUUUAUUGAUCUCAAUACAUUCUUGU